AAAACUGAUUCUCCGGUUAGCCGGCGACGGGAUAAGUCGUCUUCAAUGGAUGAUUUGGCGGCAUACUACUCUCUCUAUAACCUCCCGGUGAUUGUUCCUCCUCCGCCGCCGGGAAUAUCUCCGAUUCCAAUCACUCCAACACACUCCGUCUACUUGCCUACACACGCCUCAAUCGGAGAUGAGGUUCGUACGCUUUUCGUCGCCGGACUUCCCGAAGACGUCAAGCCCCGGGAGAUCUAUAAUCUCUUUCGUGAGUUCCCAGGUUAUGAGACUUCGCAUCUCCGGACCUCCGAUGGAGCUAAGCCCUUCGCAUUUGCUGUGUUUUCGGAUCUGCAAUCAGCUGUAGCAGUGAUGCACGCUCUCAAUGGAAUGGUAUUUGACCUUGAAAAGCAUUCUACUCUUUAUAUUGAUCUUGCCAAAUCAAACCCCAAAUCUAAGCGUUUAAGAACAGAUGAUGGUUGGGAGAGCUUGAAAAAAACAAAAUCUUGGAGCGCCACUCCUGAAUCUGCAGGUUUUGGCAGCUUUCACACUCCUGGAACGAGUAGUUCUGCUUACAACACAUUUGGUUGUUCACCUGCACAAAGUCAAGGAAUUGCUAAUGUUGCUAAGAGGUCAACAACAACUGGAAAAUCUAAUAAUGCUGCAGAACCUUGUCCAACACUUUUCAUAGCAAAUAUGGGACCAAAUUGCACUGAAUCUGAGUUAGUUCAAGUCUUUUCCAGAUGCCGUGGAUUCUUGAAGCUGAAAAUUCAGGGCACAUAUGGGACUCCUGUUGCAUUUGUUGAUUUCCAGGACAUCAGUUGCUCAAGUGAAGCACUACAUACUCUUCAAGGCACAGUGCUUUACUCAUCUCUCACUGGUGAGGGUUUGAGGCUGCAAUAUGCGAGAUCACGGAUGGGGAUGCGUAAGAAGAUUAAUUAAUGUUAAUAUUAUUAACUAAGCUCUGAUUAGUGAAGAUAAAGUAGAAUGCCAUGCCAAAACAUCGUAGAUACUGAACUUAGCUAUACGCAUGUAUAGUCUCGGUAUUCAGAUGUAUUAUUUAUCAGAUGAUUGAAGGGGAAAUUAGGCAAAAUAUGUUUUACCCUCGAAAUAAAAAAAUUCGCCAUCAUAUUUUGUAGUUUUGUGUGUAAACGACAAAUAUAUACAGAUGUAUAUCCCUUUUGACAUUGUUCUCUCUCUUUUCUUCGUUCUUGUUUUCGUCUCCUUUCAAUCUUAUUUGCUUUACAAAACAAAUUGAUUCAUUGAGAUCCUUACUAAAAAGAUAUGUAUAUUCUUUUUCUGUAUUUGAUGUGACUUGAAUUUUCCAAAACGGACACAAAUUUGUAGGAUUUACAAUUUUAGGUUUUGACUUUAUUAAUAGGUUCAAGACUUAUUUGGCUGUU